AUGGGUAGACUUCACAGCAAGGGCAAGGGCAUUUCUGCCUCCGCCAUCCCCUACUCCCGCAACCCCCCCGCGUGGCUCAAGGCCUCUCCCGACCAGGUCGCCGAGCAGAUCUGCAAGCUCGCCAGGAAGGGUGCCUCCCCCUCUCAGAUUGGUGUUGUCCUCCGUGACGCCCACGGUGUUGCCCAGGUCAAGACCAUCACCGGUAACAAGAUUCUCCGUAUCCUCAAGUCUCACGGCCUCGCCCCCGAACUCCCUGAGGACCUCUACAACUUGAUCAAGAAGGCUGUUGCCGUCCGAAAGCACCUCGAGCGCAACCGAAAGGAUAUGGACGCCAAGUUCCGCCUCAUUCUCAUCGAGUCCAGGAUCCACCGUCUCUCCCGAUACUACCGCCGUGUCGGUAACCUCCCCCCCAACUGGCGAUAUGAGAGCGCCACUGCCAGCACCCUUGUUGCUUAA